CCCCAGGCGGGGUCCAUGCGGUCGGGGUCCAGGCGGUCGGUCCCCAGGCGGUCGGUCCCCAGGCGGUCGGUCGCCAGGCGGUCUGUCGCCAGGCGGGGUCCAGGCGGUCGGUCCCCAGGCGGUCGGUCGCCAGGCGGUCUGUCGCCAGGCGGGGUCCAGGUGGUCGGGGUCCAGGCGGUCGGUCCCCAGGCGGUCUGUCGCCAGGCGGGGUCCAGGCGGUCGGGGUCCAGGCGGUCGGUCCCCAGGCGGUCGGUCGCCAGGCGGUCUGUCGCCAGGCGGGGUCCAGGUGGUCGGGGUCCAGGCGGUCGGUCCCCAGGCGGUCUGUCGCCAGGCGGGGUCCAGGCGGUCGGUCCAGACGGUCGCUGAGCUGUUUUUCUCCAGUCUGACCCGACAACCAGAAUAAUGUCAGUAAACGACUCUGAGAACCGUCCUGAGUAAUCCCUGUUCUGGUUC